AUGCCUACAGUCAAGAACUCUCUGACAGUGUUGGCUUUUCUCUCAUUUGUCAACGCUGAUGCGAUCUAUACCAAGAAAUCACCUGUCUUGCAGGUCGACAGCAAAAGCUAUGAUAGCCUGAUCGCUGGUUCGAAUCAUACUUCGAUCGUUGAAUUCUACGCACCAUGGUGUGGGCAUUGUCAAAACCUCAAACCUACCUAUGAAGAAGCCGCGAAGUCCUUGGCUGGUCUUGCCAAAGUAGCGGCAGUCAAUUGCGACGAGGAUUCGAAUAAGCUGCUCUGUAGCCAGAUGGGCGUACAAGGAUUUCCUACGUUGAAGAUAAUCAAACCUGGUUCCAAGCCCGGUAGACCGAUAGUUGAAGAUUACCAGGGACCCCGAAAUGUGAAGGGCAUCGUUGGUGCCGUGGUGGACAAGAUACCAAACCAUGUGAAGAGACUACAAGAAAAAGAUUUAGAUGGAUGGCUCUCUACAAGUAACGAAACUACCAAGGCUAUUUUGUUUACAGAGAAAGGAACGACCAGUGCUAUUCUCCGUGCAAUAGCUAUUGACUUUCUUGGGAAAAUAAAUAUUGCGCAGAUUCGGAACAAGGAGACAGCAGCAGUUGAGAUGUUCGGCAUAUCAACAUUUCCAACAUUGGUUUUGCUUCCUGGCGGAGCAAAGGAUUCAUUGGUUUACGAUGGUGAAAUGAAAAAAGAACCCAUCGUCACCUUUUUGAGCCAGAUUGUCCCUCCAAAUCCAGACCCAGCUCCGGAGUCUACAAAAGCAUCAUCUUCUAGAAGGCCGAAGGCCACGAGACCAUCCUCUUCAUCCUCGUCCGCCUUUUCCGAGGCGUCAGCAUCCCACAAAUCUGCUGAAGCAUCAGAAGCUGCAGCGAGUGGUAGCACCAUUGUCCUGGAGGACUUUGAUGCAUCCGAAUCACCAAUGCCUAUCGUUCCUCCAUCCGAGACGCCCAUCACAGUGCCUGAUUCAACCCCUCCAUUACGGAGCUUGGUAACCCUGGCUGAUCUUAUCUUGAGUUGUCUUGAUCCCAAGAUUGGUACAUGUGUCAUGGCCCUGCUCCCAUCGCAAGUAGAUGCGGAUGCUACACCGCCGGAACCAGUCGCACAAGCAUUGAAGUCUCUUGCUUUGAUUGCUGAGAAGCAUGUUAAACGUAAAGCCAAGCUGUUUCCAUUUUAUGCGGUACCGGCGGAGAACGAAGCUACCGAGAAAUUAAGGGAUAAGCUCGGACUGAAGCCAGUAACGGAACUCGAGAUCAUUGCUAUGAAUACGAAAAGAGGUUGGUGGAGACGAUAUAGCGGCGAGAAUACUGAUGUCGUCUCAAUGGAGUCGUUUAUUGAUGCAAUUAAGUUAGGAGAUGGGAAGAAAGAGUCUCUGGAUGAGGGUGUCAUUCUGCAGCCAGCGGAAAAGGAGGCCGAUCACGAUGAGCUGUAG